GAAAACCCUCUAUCUCUCUGUCCUUCCCUCUCGUCUCUUUUCCUCCUUUUUCUUCCUCAAUCUUUCCCCUUCCUCUCCUCAAUUCUCCUUUUUCUCCUCCAAUUCAUCCCUUUCUCCUCUAAGUCCAGUCUCUUUCUUCCCCGAUCAGCUCGGGACCGAGUGUUACAUGCUCACACUUGUGCUGGAUAUGGUGGGUACAGGUGCUAGCUAGAGUUUGUGGCAGCAGUUUGGGCUGCUGAGUGGCAUAAAAAAAAGGAGCUGCUGAACAAUGCUUUCUCUAAGGGACUUUUGGAGAAGGCAUAAGAGGAAGAUUCUUGUUACUGCUGGUGUUGUAGGAAGCGGUUAUUGUUUGUACAAAGUGUAUAACACAUAUCAAAAGCAGCUCGCUGAUCUGGAGAGACUACUUGCUGCUGAGCAAGAGAAUGAUGAACUCGUUAAGGCUCAGAUGCAAGCUCAUUUCGAGAACAUACAGACAAUAGCUGAUACUGCAACACUGCCACAUUCUAUUAGUUAUUUGAAUAGUAGGAUAACAGAGGAGUUGGACCAUUCGUUUAUCACGGAGGCCUUACAGAAAGGGAAAAGCCAGCCUACUGCUCUGACAACGGCGGAGAAACUUGAGCUAUGGGACAAGCUCAAAAUCAUAAGUUUCACGAGGAUGGUGGCAUCACUGUGGGCAGUUACAUUACUUAGCUUAUAUAUUAGAGUUCAAGUGAAUAUUCUUGGAAGACAUUUAUAUAUUGACAUAGCACGCAAUCUGGAGAGCUCUUUUAUGUCGGACGAUGCGGAUCUCAUAGACAGAGAUGACCAGCAAAAAUAUUUGGCUGGCUCCGAUUACCUUCCUCAUUCUGGCUUGCUUGUGUUGGCUGAUGAUAUCCAAACAGCAGUGACAGAGGUUCUAAAGGGGAAAAAAUUGAAGGAUUCCUUUGACGCAACAGCAGUACGUGAAACUGUCAUAAAGAUAACUGACAAGUUCAUAAGCACAAUGAGUCCCGGCAGGUGGGUAGAUUACUUGAUGCCCGAGGACAGCAGGUUACACGAACAGGCAUUGAUGGUCUCUGGCGGCAGUGACAUGUUUCCCUCUGAUCUUACAAAAUUUGAUCAUCUUAUGCUGGAGACACGCGAAGUAAUACUGAGCCCGGAGUUUGGCAGGGUUGUGGAGGUAUCUCUGAAAGAACUGGUUGAUGCACUGGUGGAAGACUUGAAAACACAGACCACCGAGGGUACACUAACAUCAGGGCUGCCGCUGGUGAAACUCCUGCCUCGAGUUGCCCAGAUGAGUUCAUCCCUGCUCAAGGAGCCAAGCGAGAAUCGUUAUAUCCAGAUAAUCCAAAAGUCCCCAGAGGUUGAGCUCUUCUUCACUCUCUUGUAUGCCAAUACACCACCACAGCAGCCCUAGAUAGAGUGGACAGCAUGGCUUGGCUUGUAACACCAUCACACUAUUACAACAUUCAUUCUGGUUUUUCUUCCAGCAUUUUGUUCUUCAGGCAGCAGCAGCAGCAGGAAAUGUAAAAAGGGUUUGUAAUGUGGAACUAGGUAGAUUUUGGGUUUCCAGUAUUUAAACACUACAUAAGAGAAAAAGGAAUACUUUAGAACGCAGAAAUCGGAAGGUGGAAGGGAAAUGGAAUUGGUAAUGUUUUUCUUGGGUUAAUUGCAUGUGCAUGGUUUUUCAUUGAGAUUAUAAAAAACGUU